UGGUAAUUUCGAGUACGAGACUCGCCAGUCUGAUCUAGAGCGCCUGUUCUCUAAAUACGGAAGGGUCGAGCGCGUGGAUAUGAAAUCCGGAACUACUACUAAGGGAAGCCGAGCUCCUAUCUGAGCUCUGCAACUUCCGUGCAAAUAACCACCUAUUGGAAAGGGAACCUUCCUGCCUGCACAUGAGCUCCUUCCACCCUCAAAUGGCAUCCUUCUUCAUUUCCUUCACUCGAUCAUCAGUUACACACACACCCAAAAUGCCCAAAGAUGCCAUUUCACAAGAAUGGUCAUAAAGGGAUCUGCCAAAUCAAUCAUGCCAUGCCUAUUCCUUCCAUGAUCAUAAGGAGUCAAUCAAGUCACUAAUGCCAUGGCCACUAGUGCUGAACACUUGCUGUCUGAAUGGCGAAGCAUGCUCAGCAAUGACUUCUCAGUUCUGACAACUUGGAUUUAAACUUUUUUGCCAUCAUCAUGCUUUAGUUCAUCAUGCAAGGCCUCUCCAUUAUUCACAUCCUUAUGUUCAUCAGCCUUCACAUAUUUGCAGGUUUUGCUUUUGUUUAUUUUGAUGAUGAACGUGAUGCUGAAGAUGCGAUUAGGGGUCUUGAUGAUACUCCAUUUGGUUACAGUAGGCGGAGGCUCUCAGUGGAGUGGGCAAGGCAAGGUGAUCGCGGAAGGCACAGAGAAGGGUCUAGGGCAAUGGCGAACCAGAGGCCUACGAAGACGCUUUUUGUCAUCAAUUUUGAUCCAAUUCGCACAAGGAUUCGUGACAUUGAGAGGCACUUCGAACCUUAUGGAAAGGUCCUUCAUGUGCGUAUCAGAAGGAACUUUGCCUUCGUGCAAUUUGAAACACAAGAAGACGCUACAAAGGCCCUUGAGUGCACACACAUGAGCAAGAUACUAGAUAGGGUCGUAUCAGUUGAGUAUGCUCUCAGGGAUGAUGGUGAGCGAAGCGACAGGCGUGAUAGCCCCAGAAGAGGUGGCUACGGGAGGCGUGGGGACAGUCCAUAUGGCCGUUCGGCAAGUCCACGUAGAGGCAGACCAAGUCCUGAUUAUGGGCGCGCACGUAGCCCAGCCUAUGAUAGGUACGACGGCCCCCAUUACGAAAGGAACAGGAGUCCAGAUUAUGGAAGAUACCGAAGCAGCAGGUCGCCGGUCCGGAGGUCAAGGACUUGACAGAGAACCGGAGACGUCAGGUUUUGAGCUUGAGGGGGAGUUGUUUUUGAACCCAACAUUCUGUCUAAUAUGAAUGGCUUUUAAAUUAGUAGGUAGGUUGAUGUAAAUUUUAUGCUUAUCUAGCUUGGUAGCCCUUCUCCCGAAACUAUUGUAGUUUGUACUGGCGAAUGAUACUUGCAGGUUAGUGUACUUAGAAUUGAGGCAAAUCUUGGAUCUUUUUUUAUCUUUUUUUAUCACAUUAGUCAAGUUACCUGGGCUUUAUAACGUCGUAUGAAUCAGAGUGGAUUAUAAAAGUUAUAGUUUUCAGCAA